ACAUAUUUUUAUCGUAUUCCUUUUGGUUAAGUAAAAAUUAAUUUCAUCUAAUAAUUCAUUAAUAAAUAUAUAUUUGAUUAUUCAAAUGUUUUAAUACUUAAUAUUUAGGAAUAAAAAAAUGUCGUCUAGAUCAGUAGAAAAGAAAACUACUAAUCAGAAUUCUAUUUGGAAUACUUUUAAAAAGGCUACCACCAAAAAUUCUGAAUGGCCAGAUAAAGAUGAAUUUCUUGAUGUUAUAUAUUGGGCAAGACAAAUAAUUGGCAUUCUUGCAGGUGUUCUAUGGGGUUUAUUACCUCUUAAAGGAUUAUUUGGUUUGGGAAUUUUUGUCGUAUUAAAUGCUGCUAUAGUAUACACAUAUUUUACUAAUUUUCAACAAAUUGAUGAAGAAGAAUUUGGUGGAGCAUGGGAACUAACUAAAGAAGGAUUUGUUACCUCACUAGCCGGAUUUUUAGUUAUGUGGAUUAUAGUUUAUACUGGAAUGCAUUUUGACUGAAUAAAUUGAAAUACUUAGGAAAUACAAUAUAAUUUUAUGAAAACUACAUUUUUCAUUUUUAAAGAAUAAAUAUUUAUUAUUAGCAAAA